AUGAGCUUAUUUUCAGGAAAAGAAGACGGUCAAAUAUGAUAUUAUAGCGUUUGAUUUGGAUAUUGCCUCAAGAGACUUAAGUUAAAGUAGUUUGAAAUACAAGGGCAAUCUCAUGUCAUCGCUGGAGUACAUGAAAAAGGAUUGUUUCGCGUCUGGGACCCUGUCUUCGGCCUCUCUGAAGGGCACUUUAACUAGAAUCAACAGCCGGAGACAUAAAGCCCGAAAGAAGAUCUCACCCCAAAACAAAGAGGAGCCAGAAGCAGAAUGUGACGCUUGCAGGCUGUCUUUACUCAGUUGUGGCAGUCGCAGCCGAACUGUUCGCAGAAUCCUGAUCGCUUGUGUAAUCUCUUUCCUGGCUCUUCUCUCUGCUGUGACCAUGGACUUCAACUCAUCUUUGGCUCAAUGGCAAGCCACUGAAGUUUCACUUAAAGAGCUUACAUGCUGUAGGACAAAUGUUACGCUCAGACUCGUUAUGGAGCUCCAAACAUUAAGAAACCUCAGUUCAACAAGAGAGAAUACAGUUUAUAAUGUCAAGCAAGAAAGCUUUCUCAGCUCCUGGUCAUUGGUAAUGCUCACAGUUAACCGUUGUUGUUCUAGUACUGAUAUGGACAGUUUGGGUCAGCCCUGUGGUGCUGAGUUACUUGAGUUUUGUGAGCAUCUUCAAUCCAACCUUUCAGAGUUUCUCAAUGCUACAUGGAGAGGUGAGUUAAUGGAUGCUAAUGAAACCACAGUUUUUACUCUAGCAAUUGAGAAGAUAUUAAAUGCAUGGGGCAUCAGAGAUGUUGACAUUGGUUUCCUCAAACGCAACAUAGACUGGACAGAUGUCCUUGCUCUGAAACUGCUUUUAACUGUCCAGGAGUUGAACUAUCAGUGGAUAACAGGGGAAAAUAAAGUAGAUGAAAUAUGGCAUGCAACAACACUCAUGUCAGUCAUAAAAGACAUGUCUGAAAACCUCCACAACUGUUGGAUGGAAAAUUUAGAGCUAAACCAGAGUAAUAUAAAAGAUUUAAUCUUCUCUACUGCCACAACUUCCAAUGGAUCCACAGAGCUGAUGCUGGCCUUGGAGAACACGCUGAGAUGCUUUCAUGCCAGAGCUGGAUGGGCUCUGAAACUGAAAUCCAGAGACAUCUCGUCCAGCAUCAGUCUGAAGAUCUGCCUGCUUGCCAUCGCCUGUCUCAUUUACCCCAUAGUGCUGCUCUCCUUCAAACAAAUGACAGAAUGGAUCCAGGACUACGCUCAGAGCCUCAGGGAGAAGACAGAAGACCUGAAGAGAGAACGACGUCUUGCAGAAGAUCUCCUUCAUCAGAUGCUGCCCAAAUCUGUGGUUAAGCAGCUACGCCAACACAAACACGUAGAGGCAGAGAGUUAUGAGAAGGUGACUAUUUUUUUCUCAGACAUUGUGGGUUUUACUGUGAUAUCAGCCUCCUGCACUCCACUACAGGUUGUUGAGAUGCUAAAUAACCUCUACAUGUGCUUCGACACUCGCAUUGACUCCUAUGAUGUCUACAAGGUGGAGACUAUAGGAGACGCAUACAUGGUGGUCAGUGGACUGCCAGAGAGAAACGGAGACAGACAUGCAGAUGAGAUCGCUAAAAUGUCUCUGGACCUGGUGGCUGCGGUCAGACAGGUGCCAAUACCUCACAUGCCUAACAAACGCCUUCAGCUCCGAGCCGGCAUACACACAGGUCCUUGUGUAGCUGGCAUUGUUGGGUACAAGAUGCCGCGGUACUGUUUGUUUGGAGACACAGUCAAUACGGCCUCUCGGAUGGAGUCCACCAGCCUGCCACACAAGAUUCAUGCAAGCUCUGCUACAUACCUGGCACUCAUGAAGGACAAUGCAUAUGAACUGCAGUUACGCGGUGAGAUUGAAGUAAAGGGAAAAGGAAAAAUGAACACUUACUGGUUGAUUGGUCACAAAAACUACAGUGUUCAGAAUGACAGUUUGGUGUGUCACUGGAACCCCAAUAUCUCAAGAAAGAAAAAGACCCCUGUAGGGAGCAACGUGUCGAUAGAGAAUUCCAGCAUCACUGUCCAGAGUAUAGGUGACAGUAUCACACCAGCCUCUCAACCUGAAGUCCUGCCCAAACUGGAGGGGUCAGAGGUCACACUGUGCGUUUCUGCACAGGUGGAGAACUGCGCAAGCAGCUUCGGGACGCUGGGAUCGAUGGUGGGGGCGCUGCAGGGGGAGCAGGAGACGGAGGAACGUCCACAUGGCCAACACAACGAUAAAACUUCUCUGCUUCCUGGCGCAGUGUCACACAGCUGAUCUGCACUGUCCAAGUGAACAAAAUAAUGCGCACAAUAUAUUUUUUGUGAUUUUGUAUGAAGGUGUAUGAGUGUGCAGUAUGCUAUGUGGCCCUUUAUUGUACUGUAUAUUUCAAAUAUACUUUAUUUUAUAUUUCCCCUUUAAAAAACUGUAUUUUUCCAGUGUUUUAAUACAUCUAAAUCAAUAACGAAAUUAUAUUGGUCAUAUAUAUAUUUUAAUAUAUGGUUAUCUAAAUGUAUUGUUACGAUAUUUUAGGCAUUUACUAGUAGCCAUAUUUGUAGCUACUUGCUUUCAAACCACAAAACUCAGAUUUUCAUGCUCCUGAAGAACAUUUUUUAAAACGUUUUGAAACUGGAAAGUUUCAAUUUGGAGGAAAGACAUCUGUGUGGUUUCGCUGUUACAAUUUGCCAUAAUAUUUCAUCUUCUUCUACUGUCAAAAUAAUGCUGCUUAUUAUGAAACCUCACAUAAUUUAAAAAACAGGAUUAAAUGUUUAGGCGAGAGGCAGCUAUUAGCUUUUCUUUCAAUAUUUUAUUUGUAAGGUGAGAAUAGUUAUCAAGUAUGUUCAGAGUUACCUGUCUCAACCCAGUGUUAUUAAUGUUUCUGUUAUAUUUCAGUUAUUGAUGUUAUUGAUUUAA